ACGCGCUAGUUCUGCACUUGUGAUUUCUGCGCUGCCGCUCUUGACUGAAUAAGGAAAUACCUUGUGAAGACCAACAAGCGCCAACAAGUUAGCACAUCAUGAAGGAAGCGCACUCAUUACCGACUCUCCUACGUAGGCUGACUGCAUAGCCUGGUUGACGUCCCAUCAAAACAGAAAACAUCUGUAGAUCUAAUGACCGGCGUCUGCUGUAACCUACUUGACCUGGACGGAACGUGUAAAAUAGACUAGGCUACGCUCAGUCCAGCACUCGCCGGAUUGUCUGGAAUUUCUUAUAGUUUUCAACAUGGGGAAAAGAGGAGCGCAGUCGAGAGACGAGUUCAGCUUUGUCAGCCCAGUUGUGAAAUACGUCCUUUUCUUUUUUAACAUGAUAUUCUGGGUGAUUUCACUGGUUCUGAUCUCGAUUGGUGUGUACGCACGUAUGACGAAACAUGCAGAGGCAGCCAUGGCGCACCUGACGGUGGACCCUGCCACCCUGCUGAUCGUGGUGGGCUCCCUCAUGUUCCUCAUCACCUUCUGUGGGUGUAUCGGCUCCCUCAGGGAAAACAUCUGCCUUCUGCAAACAUUUACCAUUUGUCUCACGGUGAUCUUCCUGCUGCAGCUGGCUGCUGGCAUUCUGGGGUUCGUGUUCUCUGAUAAGGCCCGGGGCAAAGUGACUGAGGUCAUAAACAGAGCCAUUGUCCAUUACAGGGAUGAUCUGGAUUUACAAAAUCUCAUCGACUUUGGUCAGAAAGAGUUUAGCUGCUGUGGCGGUAUUUCCUAUAAAGACUGGUCCCAGAACAUGUACUUCAACUGCACCGACAGUCAGACCAAGAGCCAGUUCCGCAGCCGUGAGAGCUGUGGUGUGCCCUUCUCUUGCUGCUUGCGCUCUGAAGACAAGUCCGUAAUAAACACCAUGUGUGGGUAUGAGACCCAGCAGCUCAGUGAUAGCAAAGCAGGAGAGGUCAUCAAUACCAGUGGCUGCAUAGACAAGCUGGUCAACUGGAUCCACAGCAACCUGUUCCUUCUAGGAGGCAUAGCCCUGGGUUUGGCCGUCCCUCAGCUUGUUGGGAUCUUCUUGUCACAAAAUCUCAUCAAUCAGAUCAAGGACCAGAUCCAGCUUCAGCAGUACAGCGUGGCCCACCGGUCAGAUCCAUUUCGUUGACCGGGCUGGCUCUGUGGGAUGGAUUCGUGUUCCAUGGACCGUGCUCCCCACGCUUCAGAACUGGAGUGAGGACCAAGGCCAAUGUUCUGCCCUUAUUGCCGAUGUGCACUGUACUGUAAGCUGCCAAUGGAUGUAAGGAUGACUGACUGGUACAUAUUCUGAUGGAGCUUCUGGUCUCCUCCCGUCAGGCUCCUCUUCUUCUAUAUAUUUUUAUUCAAGGAAACUUUGUACAGAAGGAACAUGAUUAUCCUUUCAACAUCAGUUGAUGGAUAUCGUUGCUGAGUUGCUGUUUCUAUAGCACCAGCCUGAGUUGAACUCUGUGGAGUCAAAAGAUCACCUUCAGAUGGCAACCUAUCCUUAUGCUCAGUAGUGCCAUUUAAAAUCACAAUUUGUGAGGCUUUCAACAAUUCCAAGGUCAAUGGACAUUGGACAAAAAAGCAGGGAGUUUUGUACAUCUGGCUGCACAUCCAUAUGGAAUGUGAUAUUCUUUUGUUUGAUGAGUUGAAUCUGUCCAGUAAAGAGACUUUUACAUACUUUAUACAAGUCAAUGUAAGGGCUACAUUGUUUUGUACUAUCCUGUUAGUUCCCAGUGAGCUAUUUGUAUCCAUUCAAGCUGUUUUUAUCCAGUCAUAAUGUUUCAAUCAUGUAUUCAUUUACGUGUUUUUGAACAUUGAAAUACAUGUUUUCUUGAUUUUCAAUAAACAUAUUUACCUUUUUUUAAAAAAAACUUGAAU